AUGUUUAUGUGCGACGGGCGCAGGAAAAACACGUCGCUUAGUAGUUACUACAUUUCCCAUGAGCACCUGCUCGGUUCGACUACAGCAGACAACAUGGCGAGAAUCGCAGCUUUCCUGAAGAAUGCAUGGAAUAAAGAGCCUGUUAUCAUGGCUUCCUGUGUGAUUGGAGCGUUAGGUUUUGCUCUGCCAUUAAUCAGCCCCAUGACAAAGUACUCUGGAAUGAUCAAUUCAGCUGUACCAUACAACUACCCAGUUCCUGUGCGGGAUGAUGGAAACAUGCCUGAAAUCCCUGCUCAUCCAUGUGAACCCAAAGGAAAUAACCUGGAAUGGCUUAAAAAUCUAUAACUGCACCUUCUCACCAUCAACGCCUGGGCUUUUCCUCUUGUUCAUAUCUGUCUGCAUAACUGGUCUGCUUGUCAAUGUUCCACAAUAAAGAUUGUCUAUUUAAUUCUA